ACAGCUCGGAUAGCAGAGAGCGCGAUAUCGGUUGGAGGUUUACUGCUCGGCUAAACCGUAUUUUAUCAAUGAAUAGUAGUAGUGACGAGGUAGGCCUGUAUUGUAUUGUCAAGGUGUAGAGCGGUCAGGCCUCACUCAUAAGUUCAUUCAUUGCCUUCACGCCAGCACAGGUAUACGGAGACUGUAUACACGGCCCCGACAGAACAGGGUUGAUCGAAGACAUCGGGAAGCUUUAAGGGUACAGAGCGAUCAGAAAUCCCGGUAUACCAACAGAUGUUAUAGACGGAUGGUAGCAGUCGCUCUGUGCUGAUCGUGAGGCAUACAGGCAAAAUGGAUACACAUCUGGCCAUGCAUUCUAUUUCCUCUUGUAAGACAUUGCCAAAGGUGUGCAAAUAUUUAUAAUAGGAUUCUUAAUUAAUUAAUUAAUUAAGAAAAAAAAACGUCACAUCAAGAUUCAUAUGGAUUGAUAGGUUUGAUAUUUACAGACGUUUCAACUGUAAAACUAAAAUACAAACAUUUUUUAUUUGGAUGAGUGCUAUAAUGAUUUCAACAUGUGACUUUUCCCGGAUUAAUAUACCCGAGAUGUAAAGUGAUUGUUGAGGAUUUACACAUCAUAUACCGCUUACUUCACACCGCGAGGACUCACUCCCUAGUCACCAACUAUGCAUUACCUCAAACAAAAAACGUUUUCUGUCGUGUUAGGUGUCUGUAACUUUCUCCAGGUGUUAAGUGUUCUUCCGUUCAUUACGGACAACAGUUCGGAGCGGUUUAGUCUGGAUGAUGGACAAUGGUCAAGUUCAGGAAACUUACGAGAGUCGGACUGGGCAGAGGCAGCUUAUAACUAUGUACAUGCGCUGGACUGUAAUAAUGUGUUUUUCACGACAGGGAAAGAGUGUCGAGAAUUGGUGACGAUUCCUAAAGCCUCCAUGGUAAUACAUAUAGCACCCAAAACUAUCGUCGGGCGUUACAAAGCUGUAUUACCAGACGAGGUUUUAAACAGAAAAGAAAGCUUUGAUGGUGUUUUGGUGGUAGAUCCCUACCCCAACGCUAACUUUGGACAUUUAGUGGUUGUUUUCGUGAUAAAGGAAGAAAAUAGGAACACUUGUCGGACGAAGGAUGGGAUAUAUAUAGAAUCAUCCGGGGACUGUUUAACGUUGGCAUUAAAACGUCGUUGUAAGAACGCCAUAAAACGCCAUGGCCGACGCAGGCACCACGCCCGACGGUGCGAGAUUAAUUUUCUUCCUGUGGUACACUUCACACUGGCAGGAACACAGGAAUUAUAUAUGGAACAAAGAUACAAUUUUCUCAAAUGUUGGAAAAAUAAAGAUGGAUUUGGACGAUGUCCGGAAUUAAGGCCAUUGAAUGAAUCAUCAGAACUCAUCUGCAAUCCGAUCAAAGAGAACACCAAACGGUGCUCCACAACUCACGAAAUGGUUCAUACGACGUGCAGGAUUUUCGAAAUAUGUGACCAGGCGGUUCUUGUAUCCGGGGGUUGGAAUAGACAAACCACAGGCGUCAGUCACAAGCAUAACCUCGAACGAUUCUAUUGGAUGUUACGGCAAUAUUCCUUCAAAAAACGUAACAUCAAUAUAUUCUUCGCUAACGGAGCUACCGGCAUCAACCUGCCCGGUGAAAGUCCCCACCAAGUCCACCCCGCGGCCAUGAAGUACGCCCUGAGAUACCAUAUCCAGACACUGUGUCGUUCUCCACACUGUGUGAAUUCCCUGGUUCUGUACCUCAAUAGCCCGGCCAAGACUGACGGAACCAUGCUUCUAUGGGACAUCAAUAGUGAUGGACUGGCCGAGGAUAAUGAGAAGUAUCCGUUGAAUGAACUAAAGGAAGACCUAUCACACUGCUCGGCAAGCUAUGUCCACGUGAUCGUUGACCAAAGUUACGCCGGACAGAUUGGCGACGCCUUCCGGAACUCCCAUCGCCAUCGAAACGUGAUUGUGUUCGCAAGUGGCCGUGACAACGAGUACAGUUAUGAUGGUGAAUACACGCGACAGUGGGUCAAGGCCAAUCACACACAACAAUGCACGUGGCAGGUUCACAGGCACAGCAAAAACUCUAUCAAACACUCGUCGCCGGAGGUGAACGAGGGGUCACGUGGGGCAGUAAGAACGACACUAUUUGGUGCCCCGUGCAACGUCAUUCCACCAUUCACACAACGUGAACUACGUCACGAAUAUCUGGGUUGCCAGUCCUUACCAACAGCUCUCUGGAUAACCAAGCUCCUUUCACAGUCCGAAUACAAAUCAAAGGACGGAUCGCCAUGGCGACGGAAAUGACGCCGAAUGAAGGGAGGUAAAUAUGUCUGAUACCAUUCAGACCUGAAUGCCUUCCAUAAUAGACCUUUAUAAAAAAGGAAUGACAGUGCAUGUGCUUCAAACAAUUGUGAUUCAACUCUUCGUGAUAAUCCUUCACAAUACACUGCUUUGACCGCAACAGUUGAUACAUUUAUUGUUAAAGGUCCAAGAAUCGAGUCCAAAGGAGUGCAUAAAAUGUUCGAUGAAGAGAAAGCAAAUUGAUCACAGAGUACAUCAUCGAGAAAAUUCUUCAUUUUGAAUAUAAUGUGUUCGAGGAGACCUGUCCGUUUUCAUAUACUAGUACCUGUGGACUUGUGUCAUCAUUUUGUUGACAAAUGUAUACGUAGACAUUUGUCUCAAUGGUGACCUAACCUCCGCCUACCGAUUAUAUUGCAGUUGUGAUUUAAACAGUGCCAAUGCAUAUAAAUGGGGCAUGGGAGAUCGUGCAUUAGAAUUACUAUCGACAAAGACGAUUAAUCUUCUAUGAAAAUCAGAAAGCAUAGCAUUGUGUAUCCGACGGCGAACGUAUGACGCAUUUAACAGACAAACGUGUGCUACGUCAUCACAAAUGUACUGUACCCAUAAAAUAAUGACGUUUUCUGUUGAUGAAAUCAGCGCUUACAGUAUCGCUGUUGGGUAUUCCCGAUGUGUUGGUAAACUAGAUCAUGUUGAUAAUUUAUAUGUAAAUAAUGUUUUAUGUGUAUACAAACUGUUAAAUAACAUGUUGUACAUUGUGUUUUGUUGACAUCAAAGAAAUAAUUGUUAUCGUAAUUUGCAUAUCUUUGUUAGGUGUAUUCUUGAUCCCAAUAAAAUACUGUAAAUCGUC